UUCCCACAAGAAAUUAAGAAAACCCCACGCAUAUCUCCGUCGCGCCGCUCCAAUACCUAUAUAGAACCAGCAUCAAGGAAGUUACCCAUUCCUUUCCCGCCGCGCCAUCUCGAAAGCUCCACUGCUAGCCGCCGCUUCGCCUCUCUUCUCCGGCCGCCUUUUCCUGCCGCCACCGGACCUCAGAGCUCACCGGCUCACGGAGUGAAGAGUGAAGAAACUGCACUGUAGGUGAAUCAAAGCAAGGUUAGAAACCGAGAAUGGAAGAAGAGAACGAAAUCGAAGUGUCGAAAUCGUUUAAGGAUUUGGGUUUGCCCGAUUCAUUGGUAGAAGCUUGUGAAAAAUUGGGUUGGACAACCCCAUUGAAGAUACAGGCAGAAGCCAUUCCUCUUGCGCUGCAAGGAAAGGAUGUCAUUGGACUUGCUCAAACAGGUUCUGGUAAGACUGGAGCUUUUGCACUUCCCAUAUUGCAUGCCCUCUUAGAAGCGCCUCGCCCGAAUCAUUUCUUUGCUUGUGUGAUGUCUCCCACAAGAGAGCUUGCUAUUCAAAUUGCUGAGCAGUUUGAAGCUCUAGGUUCUGAAAUUGGUGUCAAGUGCGCUGUGCUAGUUGGCGGGAUAGACAUGGUACAGCAAUCAAUCAAGAUAGCUAAGCAACCUCAUAUUAUUGUUGGGACGCCUGGACGAGUUUUAGAUCACCUAAAAAACACCAAAGGAUUUUCUUUUUCUCGACUAAAAUACUUGGUUUUGGAUGAAGCAGACAGGCUGUUGAAUGAGGACUUUGAGGAAUCACUUAAUGAGAUUUUACAAGCGAUUCCACGUGAGCGGAGAACAUUUCUAUUUUCUGCUACUAUGACUAAGAAGGUCCAGAAGCUCCAAAGGGUUUGUUUAAGGAAUCCUGUGAAGAUUGAAGCAGCAUCUAAGUAUUCCACUGUUGACACAUUGAAGCAGCAGUAUCGCUUCUUGCCUGCCAAACACAAGGAUUGUUACCUUGUAUAUAUUCUCACUGAAAUGGCUGAAAGUACGUCAAUGGUGUUCACUCGGACAUGCGAUUCAACCCGGCUCCUGGCUUUGAUUCUUAGGAAUCUGGGUCUAAAAGCCAUUCCAAUUAAUGGUCAUAUGAGCCAAUCGAAGAGACUAGGAGCGUUGAAUAAGUUCAAGUCGGGGGAGUGCAAUAUUCUCCUUUGUACUGAUGUAGCUAGUAGAGGACUGGAUAUUCCAACGGUCGAUAUGGUGAUUAACUAUGACAUUCCCACAAACUCCAAAGAUUAUAUACAUCGCGUUGGAAGAACUGCUCGUGCAGGGCGCUCUGGGGUUGCCAUUUCCCUUGUGAAUCAAUAUGAACUGGAGUGGUAUAUUCAAAUAGAGAAGCUUAUAGGCAAGAAGCUACCAGAGUAUCCUGCCCAAGAAGUGGAAGUUUUGCUUUUGGAAGAGCGUGUUGGUGAGGCCAAAAGAUUAGCAAUGAUGAAAAUGAAGGAAGCUGGAGGGAAGAAGAAACGAAGAGGAGGUGAAGAUGAUUUAGCUGAGGAGGAUAUUGACAAGUACUUGGGUCUCAAGGAAGGAAAAUCAUCCAAAAAGUUUAGAAGAAGAUGAGAUCAUAUCAUUGCAGAUUAGUGAAUCACUAAUAGGAUGAAUUAAAAAAAGCCAUGAAAAGACUGAUGUUCCGUACGACUUGUGAUCCACUGGGUAUCUAUUUUUUGAAAUUUCUUAGCUAUCCUUUUUUAAGUGGUUCUAUCAUAAAUGGGUUUAUUUAUUUAUUUUAGUGGAUAAACUCACUGUCAGUGUAUCAACAUAUUUUAACAUGCAAUUUGAUAGUAAGGAUUCAAUUUGACUUGUGAUUGUAUGAUAA